AUGGAAAGAGCCGUGCUUUUAGCUCCAGCUGCUAGAUAUAGUAAUUCCAAGGAGGGUGAAAGAAGUUCCACUCCAGCUCAAAAGCCGGGUGUCCAUGAAAGUGAUGAUUCAGAAGAUGAAAUACCUCUCUCUCAUAGGUUCCCACCGAUUUCUAGAUUAAAGCAUUCCAAUAGCUCAGUAAAAUUUCGCCAAGGUGGUUCUGCUUUGGGUGAUGGUCCAGUGAACAAUUCACUCUACUGGUCGUACAAAAGAUAUCUUCCAGGUGAAGUGAAAUCUGCAAAUCAGGAUUCAGUAAUAAAGAAACUGAAGCUUUCAUCUCCAACCACUACAAUCAGCAAAAACCCAACUGCAAAAGCGGAACCAAAGGCUGAAGAAGAAGAAGAUGAUGAUGAUAAUAAUGAUGAUCCUUCAUUUCAACGUAUGAAGUGGACUACUUUGGAACACAAUGGUGUGAUGUUUCCUCCUCCGUACAAGCCUCAUGGGGUCAAAAUGCUUUACAAAGGGAAGCCUGUGACUCUGACCCCUGAGCAAGAGGAGGUUGCGACAAUGUUUGCGGCAAUGUUAGAUAGCAAAUACACGAGAAAACCUCGUUUCCAGGAGAACUUUUUUGGGGACUGGAAAAAGAUACUCGGAAGAAACCAUGUCUUAAGAGAAGAAAGACUUAAGCAAGAGGUGAAAUACAUGGGGGCAAUUGUUGAUGGUGUCAAGGUGAAGGUUGGUAAUUUUCGGGUGGAAUCCCCUGGGCUGUUUCGAGGGCGAGGAGAACAUCCCAAGAUGGGAAAACUGAGAACCCGAAUCCGUCCAUAUGACAUUAUCAUAAAUAUUGGAAAGGAUGCUCCAAUCCCGGGCGAAAAAUGGAAAGAAGUAAGGCAUGACAAUACAGCGUCGUGGUUAGCGUGUUGGAAAGAUCCAAUCAAUCCAAAGAAAUUCAAGUACGUGUUUCUUGCAGCAAGCAAAUUGUAUGCAGAAGAAAGAAAGUUGGAGGAUUAUAUAAAAGGCCUUAACAAAGAUCCCAUGAAGAAGCAAAUAGCAGUUGCGACGUAUCUGCUUGAUAAAUUAGUACUCGGGGAAGAUACUGAUGAAGCCGAUACAAUUGUUUGCGCCACACUGAAAGUAGAAGAUGUGGAACCUGUGCCACCAAAUACCUUAAAGUUUGACUUCUUUCGUAAAGAUUCCGUUCGAUAUGAAGACGAGGUUGAAGUUGAUCCUCUUGUUUUCAGGGCAAUUCAUCAGUUCCGGAGUGGUAAAGAGGGUAGUGAAGAUCUUUUUGAUGGGCUUGACACGAGUAAGUUAAAUGCUCACCUGAAGGAACUUCCGCCUUGUCUGACGGAAAAAGUUCUGACAUUGACAUUAGACGAAAUCCCUGCAAAAGAUGAGUAUAUCUAUUGUUACUAG